CUUUAGGAUUCUCAGGGCGAUCGUGUCAGAAAUAUUUGCAUAGAUCGCCCUUGCCCAAUCACCACUACGAACGCUGACGCUGUGUGUUCAAGCGGAUUUUCGCAGCUUCUGAGAGACAUUCAUGAGUCAGUUUAUUUAUGCCCAUCGUCGAUAAUUUUCUAAGAUUUGGAUCAGAGGUUGGAACACUGCAAUCAACCAAGCAAGUCGCCAUGGCGGCAAGUUUAGGCGUUGCGCAAAUUGCAGCUCCGCGUUUAGAAAUUACAGCAGGUGUACCUGUAGCACAAAUUGUAGCGGUUGGAGCUUCGAAUCACAGUUUCGGAAAUUCUCGAACGGCGUUGAGGUUGAAUCAGUGUAAUCGUCCAAAUCGUAUGACGAGUCCAAGGAAUAUGCGGAGCAUGUCAAUCAGGGCAGCUGCGAACACUGCCACAAGUUAUGGCACAGAGAGUAGGGAAGAGUUGCUUCGCAGGGCGGAUUCGUACUUUGCCACCGAUUCUCGACCUAUUGUUCUGUUUGAUGGUGUCUGCAAUUUUUGCAAUGCCGGUGUCAACUUUGUGCUCGACAACGAUCCAGAGGGUCGGGUGCGUAUGGCGGCGUUGCAAAGCGAGGCAGGCAGGGCUCUGCUACUUCGUGCUGGUCGUUUAUCCGAUGAUUUAUCAAGCUUAGUACUCAUAGAGAAAGACAGAUCGUAUAUCAAAUCGGAAGGCGUUUUACGAACCGCCCAAUACCUUGGAAAUCUACUCCCUCCUGUCGGUAGUCUUGGCCUUCUAUUCCCUCUGUUUUUCAGAGACUUUGUGUAUGACAACGUUGCAAACAAUCGCUACUCUAUUUUAGGGAAGAGAGAUCAGUGCCGUGUCUCUGAUCCACGCUUCAACGAUCGCUUCGUGGUGUAGCUGGGGACUCACUUGUAUGUGUGCAAGGACUUCAUUUCAGUGGCUUUUUUAAUUGUAACGUAGUCAUACAAAACGUCAGCAGAUCUUUCUUUGUUGUUGUGAUCUUUUAUGCAGCUAUGGAAAAAAAAAGAAAAAAGAAAAGAAAAGGAAAAGUGGAAUAUGAUUUGUGUAAAUAAUACUCAACAAUUAUUAGUAUUGUGUUCAAAUAUAGAUGACGAUACUCUGAACAAUAUGUCGGUAAUUUUUCCACUUUCGCCUAUUUUGUUUGUCAAUCUGAAGACUUAUUAAAGUUUGUAUAUAUAUAUAUAUAUAUAUAUAUAUAUCUAUA